AUGCUGGGGCAUCUUCAUAAUCAGCUCGGCUCCUUGGUGGUCAGUGUGGAGCAGCAGCAGCAGGGUAUUAAUUCUGGAUCUGCGGGCUCUCCACCACAUUGGGUUCCUUCUUCCAGAAAGAUAAGGGGGAGGGAUCUCCCGAGCCUGACGGACAGUUUACAUAAUGAGCUUGCGAGGCCAGGAGGCAACUAUAUAAACAGCGCGAAGGGAAGCCAGCUUUCCACUCACGGAGCGAGCGCAGGAGCAGCAGCUGAGGUCGGGGAAAGGAACGAGCUGCUGCCGCGCCACGCUCACACGCCCCUCCGCCUCUCUCCUCCGGGCUUGGGAGUUUUAUAA